AUAAUGGAAACGUAUAUAAACUUACCAAUGGUUCUUGGCCACCAUCAUUUAAUUACCAAGGACGAUUCUCCAAUGGAAUCGUCUGGCCGGAUUAUUUAUCGAAUUCAUUAAAAAUUCCGUUAUUUGACUAUUCGUAUGCGUCUGCUACCUCAGAUGCAACUCUCGUUCAAGUUCCAGGAAUAGCUCAACAGGUGCAAACCUUUGUGUCUUCAAAAGACGUUAAUGCAGAUUUCAGUUAUUCAAUUACUACGAUAUGGGAUAAUGGCAACGAUUAUGCCUAUUCAAAUUACACCGUCGACCCUAAAGAAGUCGUAUCAAGACUCGCUCGGACUUGGGAAACACUCUACAAAAGCGGUAUCCGAAAAUUCUUAAUUCCAUCGCUACCAAACAUUUCCGAAUUUCCAGUAAACAGGGACCCCCCCUAUACAGCUAUCUCAACUCGCGCUUCUCCAGUCGACUGCAUUGAGCAUAAUAACGCACUCGACGACGCGAUCGGACAAUUCAAGAAUGCUCACCAUGAUGUAAAAGUUUACGAAUUUGACGUAGCUCAGUUUUUCGAUUUUUUUAAGCAAAAUUUAGCCGCAAUGCAAAAUUAUUGUUUCCUUGAAAGUAUAAAUUCAUACCAUUUGGUCACAAUAAAUCCAUCAACAACCAUGCACUUUUCAAUAUUAACACUCCUUCUUCUUUUCUCAAUAUUAACUUCCCAUUCAUCAGGAGUGCCAUCUGACAUUGCUCAAAAGAUGUCAAUAUCAGAAAUGGCACAACAAACUCAAUCUUCAAAUACAAGCAAGGAGGUCUCUAUACAACCAACAAACACAAUUUUCUCUUCAAGUUACAUAAUAGAGUCAAUUCAUAUUAGUACAAAUAGUCCUCAAUACAAAAUCACCUCAACAAUAUCAAUAAACAGUCACACUUCAUCCAUUACCACAAGCUCUAAAACCAAAAGUAGAAAAAAUCAUGAUAACACUGGCAACCAGUUUCCGACCAUGGCUCCAAGUCCCAGUCCUGACUUUAUAAACAGUUUCGGAAAAUCAGCAAUUUGGGGAACGGGAGAAGGAUUUACUUUGGGAUUAAUUUUUGGUGCUGUUAUUGGAGCUGUAUUAGUUGCCCGAAGAAUUCUCACGUCAACAAAAGAUACAUUACGGGUAUUAAACAAUCAUAAUCACGAUAACAGCAAGUAUAAUCAAACCAUAGCGUUUAACUCUCACCAACAUCAACGAGAACAAUGUAGCGUAAUUUCGGAUCUAUCAACAUCUCAAACCAUGACAAAAUCAAGGGCAAUUUCACGAAUCUACAAUGAUCAAUUUUCACGACCUGCAUUGCCAACGCCACUUUUCUCAACGCGAGGUGUGGCGUCAUUAGGAAAAACACAAGGAACUUUGGUAAUUCUAGGUUCCGGAUGGGCAGGGUUCAAAUUACUUAAGGAAAUCAAUACCGCUGAUUAUAAUGUAGUCGUGAUCUCACCAAGAAAUUACUUUGUGUUCACACCGCUUUUACCAGGUACUUCGGUCGGCACGCUGGAAUUCCGAUGUAUUACCGAGCCUGUGAGAAAAUUCGAGCCAAAAGUUGAAUUUUAUCAAGCCUACGCGGACACGAUAGGUAAAACAAAAGCAUUCUGUGAAUUCGCAUCAAUUACUUCUAACACUUCUCUAUAUUGUCUCUUGCAAGAUUUGGAUAACCAAAUAGUCAAUUGUACCUCCAAUCUCGAAAAGAAACGUGACAAAUUCUCAAUUCCUUAUGACACACUUGUAAUAGCCGUUGGCGCCAACUCGAACACAUUCGGAAUACCUGGAGUUGGUGAACACGCAUUAUUCUUGAAGGAUGUUUCUGAUGCGAGGAAAAUACGACAAAGAGUGAUCGAGUGUUUCGAACAUGCUAGCCAACCAGGAGUAUCGGAGGAAACGAAAUUGGGAUUGUUGCAUUUCGCGGUUGUUGGCGGUGGUCCUACGGGCGUUGAAUUUAGUGCUGAAUUGCGUGUCUUGAAGGUUACAGCUGACCAUUUGGUUAUUCGUGAAGAAGGAGAGGUGCCAUAUGGUAUGAUUGUUUGGGCAACUGGAUUGACCGAUAAUCCGCUGACUAGAAGUUUAGGAGAUAGAAUCAUGAAAGAUAAUUCGGCUAAACGGCUAUUAACUGAUGACAAGCUACGAGUUCUUGAAAAGAAUACAGGAAAACCAAUAACCAAUGUAUACGCGAUUGGAGAUUGUGCGACUAUUCAAAAUAAUGAUCUCCCGCCCACAGCACAAGUCGCGAAUCAGAAGGCACGGUAUUUACGUAAAGCUCUGCACGAUCUUGCGAGCAACCCACAGCAUGUGCCCAAGCCUUUCAAAUUUAGAUAUCUUGGUGUAAUGGCGUAUAUCGGUAAAAAAGAAGCACUCGUUGACCUGACACAAGCUGUAAGCCCACAAGCCAAAGAAUCUGGUGUGCUCGCUUGGUUUUUGUGGAGAUCCGUAUAUCUUAGCUACACUAUCUCGAUUCGUAACAAGUUGUUGAUUCCGAUGUAUUGGUUUUUGACGCUUGUGUUUGGUCGAGAUAUUAGUCGGUUUUAG